UAUAUGGAUAAAAUUGCCUACGAUGUACUUUAUUCAUAUCCACUUCUACCGGAGAAUCAGGUUUGGGGUGAGGCGAAGAACUUACAUUCGAGUAAAUGCAUUGAUACAAUGGGACGGCCGAUACCAGGCAUUGUCGGAGCAACACCUUGUCAUGGCUAUGGAGGCAAUCAGGUAUUGAGCAUUGUGAUUCGUCGAGCUUUCGCCUUAACUGGAGUAAUUUGA